AUGUACGAAUCUCCAGUCAUUGAGCACUCGAAGUUUACAACAACACUUACGGAUGGGUUAGGGACUCUCACAGCGUUGACGAUUUGUGACGGCAAUAUGAACGAAAAGUGCCAUCGCUAUACUGGAAUUCGGUUUGCGAAGCCUCCAGUGGGCCAAAUGAGAUGGCGCAGACCACAACCACUGCCUCAAGGUUACGACUACUCCGGUGAUUACUCCUCUUUUCGAACAAUUUGCCCUCAACCUUUUUACAACAACAGAGGUGGAAAGCCUAACCCCGAUUUUAAGUACGAUGAAGAUUGCCUUUUUUUGAAUAUCUGGGUUCCUGCCAGUGAGCCACCCUCGGAGGGCUGGCCUGUUUUGUACUUCAUUCAUGGGGGCUGGCUUCAGGUCGGAAACCCCCUACAUUACCGCCAAUGCGAUCCGCAGGACUUACAAGCAGAGGAUUGCUUUGAAAAAUUCAUACUUGUAUCACCGGGAUACAGAUUGAAUAUCUUUGGAUUUCUAGCCUGCAAAGAGCUCUUGGAUGAAGAUGAGAAGAACUCAAACUUCGGCUUCUGGGAUCAGCGCCUCGGUCUUGAGUGGGUGUACCAACACAUUUCAAAACUAGGAGGAAAUAGCGAUAAUAUCACCGUGGGCGGAGUAAGCGCAGGUUCUUAUUCUUCAAUCUUUCAAAUUGCAUAUGAACUUAAUCACCCAGAGGCCAAUCAGAUUAUCAAAAAAGUACUUCUUCUAUCGAACGGCUUAGCUAUUCAGCCAAAGUCUGUUGCAGAGUGUGAGGAACAGUACCAGGAGGUUUUAGAAACUUUUGACAUUGAUUCUACCCUCCCUGGCGCCAGACAGCUGGAAGCCUUGCGCGACAUUCCUUUUAAGACUAUUUCCGACAAAAUUCUGGACUUGAAUUUGCACACAUUUAGAGGAGUUACCGAUAAUGACAUGGUCUCGCCUAAUAUGCUUCGAGACAUCGUGGACGGUACCUUUGGGAACAAAGCCAGGGUCAAGGGUACGUCCUUUAUUAUUGGAGAGGUCAUCAACGAGCACGCAAUCUACUCUAAUACCAAUCCACCAAAAAGCACACUAGACCUGUUUAACCAGAUUAACAACUAUUAUCCUAAGCCAGUAACUAAAGCUCUCUUAGAUCUAUAUCCUGACUUGCCUAAAGCUGAUAGCGAGGAGGAGCAUUUAGCAAAUCUGAAAUUCUUGUACGGCAAGAUAAUCAGUGACGGGCAAGUGUAUGCCUCUAGUCGGGUCCUGGUCAACAGUUUGAUCCAGGGAAGUGUUCCUGCGGACAAGAUCAAUCGCUAUCAAAUUGCCUUCAGAGGCUCUUACUUUGACAAGUAUGAGCCGCCAGAGAUUCUAGUACCCCAUGCAGGAGAUAUGGGUUUAUGGUUUUAUAAUUAUGUUGACGGCAUUUUACCAGAAGAGAGGCCAAUUUACCAUUCAUGGUUGAAGCCAUAUUGUCAAUGGCUUAAAGACGGGCGUAUGGAUUGGGGAUCAACCAACCCCCUGCAAAUGCGGUUCCUAAAUUCUGAUGGGUCUAUUGAGGUAAAGCCUGAUUCGAAUUGGGAGUGGGGGUUGAAGGUCGGAAAUGUCCUUGCAACUGCUUCGGGCCUUUCAGUUUAA